AUCUGUAUUAGCCCAAAAAUAUUCGCACUACAAUAAAUACGUUUACAAUUUUUAAACCCUAUAACAAACAAAAAAUUCUUUAAAACUGCAUUAUUUUCAAAUCUACGAUUGAAAAACUAAAAACUAUCAAUAGAAUAAAAUGUCUGAUAAUGAAAAUCCUGUUCUAUCACCAACAUUAUGUAAGCUGUCAAGUAAUACUAACAAAUUGUAUACACCUUGUCGUAGAGUAGGACUCAAGAGGAAGUCCACAGGUAUACUAACCCCCAAAACUGUUUUGAAGAAAAUAAAAGUUAGUGAUGAAACAUCAAAAUCCACUGAAUUAACUGAAAAUUCAACAACAUUAAAUGUUAAAGAUGAAGACAAAUCAGUUCCAAAGUUGGAGUGUAAGGAUGAAACAACAUCGAAUUUAUUAGAGAAACGUCGUAUGAUAGAAGAGCUCAAAUCGGAACUCAAAAAUAGUGAACAGCAUAAUUUAGAUGAAAUAAAAAAGCUAUCAAAAAAAUGGUUAAAUGUUUGUCAAGAGGCGUUGACAACACUAUUUAAUAAAUUAAAUGAAAAUGAAAAUUCAAGUAUUCAAACUAUAGAAGAUUUAAUUAGAAAAAUAGGCAUUUGUCCUGAUUUAAUUCAAUUUGAUUCAAAUAAUCAAGAAUUUUACUAA